CAUAGAAAACAAAGCUAUCUGCGCGGCUCCCAUUAGGCUCCAGCCAAGUGAACAGACCGCGGCUCCGACUGCAUGUAGACCGAAAACAACAGCCCCCAAAAAAUGGAUUUACAGCUGGUGUAAGGGCCGACGACACGGAGGCCUGUUUUAGAAGGGAGUGAAGACGGCAGGCAGUCGCGGAACUGACCAAAAUAUACAUAUUUUUUCUCCCUUCGGAGUGCUUUGUCUUGGCCAGCUUAGCGAAAGCCAUCAUUGUCAUUUUCUAUUGCAAAGCUAUCCAGCUAGUGUCUGCUAGCUGAUCAGCCACGGAGGGAAAGCAAACAGCGAAAAACCUUCGCCAUGUCGCUAUCAGACGGGGUUUAUUGAAGAGGGAGAAGGCUGAAACUGUGGAGGAAAUACUAUUUUUCGCCGUUUUUCGCUUCAGGGAAACCCAUUGACUGUUUGUCCUCGGCGACAUGGCGGAGCAGAGCUACUCCUGGGCGUACUCCCUUGUUGACUCCAGCCAGGUGUCCACCUUCCUCAUCUCCAUCCUACUUAUCGUCUAUGGCAGCUUCAGAUCGUUAAACAUGGACUGUGAGAACCAGGACAAAGACAAGGAUGGAAAUCCCACCACCACCAGCUCCUUCAACAACAGCAACUCCAACAACAGUAUUCAGACCAUAGACUCCACGCAGGCUCUCUUCCUCCCCAUUGGAGCCUCCGUCUCUCUCCUCGUCAUGUUCUUCUUUUUUGACUCAGUCCAGGUGGUCUUCACCAUCUGCACUGCGGUUCUGGCGACCAUUGCAUUUGCAUUCCUACUCUUGCCAAUGUGCCAGUAUCUUACCAGGCCCUGCUCUCCACAGAACAAAAUUUCAUUUGGAUGCUGUGGGCGCUUCACUCUGGCGGAGCUUCUCUCUUUCUCACUCUCGGUGAUGCUCGUCCUCAUCUGGGUGCUCACAGGACACUGGCUGCUCAUGGACGCUCUGGCCAUGGGUCUGUGUGUGGCUAUGAUUGCCUUUGUGCGUCUGCCCAGUCUGAAGGUUUCCUGCCUGCUGCUCUCUGGCCUGCUCAUCUACGAUGUGUUCUGGGUCUUCUUCUCAGCUUACAUCUUCAACAGUAACGUCAUGGUCAAGGUGGCCACACAGCCAGCCGAUAACCCGCUGGAUGUUCUCUCCCGUAAGCUGCAUCUAGGUGCCGGGAUGGGCCGAGACGUGCCCCGCCUCUCCCUGCCUGGUAAACUGGUUUUCCCCAGUUCCACGGGCAGUCACUUCUCCAUGUUGGGCAUUGGGGACAUCGUCAUGCCCGGCCUGCUGCUCUGCUUUGUGCUCCGCUACGAUAACUAUAAGAAGCAGGCCAGUGGGGAGGCACCCGGACCGGCUAACAUGUCUGGCCGCAUGCAACGAGUUUCAUACUUCCACUGCACCCUCAUUGGAUAUUUUGUGGGUCUGCUGACGGCGACUGUGGCCUCUCGGAUUCACCGCGCAGCUCAGCCAGCUCUGCUGUACCUGGUGCCCUUUACCCUGUUGCCUCUGCUCACCAUGGCCUAUCUGAAGGGGGACCUGCGGCGCAUGUGGUCCGAGCCCUUCCACGCCAAGUCCAGCAGUUCCCGAUUCCUAGAAGUAUGAUGCCCCCCAUCCCGCCUCUCUACAGGUCAGCAAACAGGCAGCCUUCAGCUCACCCCACCCCAGAGAAAGAAAGAGAGAGAGAGAGCAUGGAAGAGAGUAGCCACACUCGCCUUCUUCUCACCAUCUUUUCUGACGUUCUUAUGAAGAGUUCAUGGACUUCACUGCCAGAUGGAUUCUACUUUUUCACUUUAUUUUCCAUUCAUUUUCUCUGUCAGAUUUUCCGUUUACUGUACUCUUCUCCUCUGUUACAUCACUCUUCUCUACCUCCUAUUUCUUUACUCAUUCCAUUUUAUUCUGUCUUUCCUCUCCCUCUCUCUCCCUCUCUCAUGCUCUCUCUUUCUCUCUCAUAUUUUCCCCCAUUCGUCCCUGUUGGACUUAAAGGCCACUCCUUACUGGACGUGUUUAUGGGACACAACUGGUGCUCUUUGAGCCCUGGGUGAUUUAUUUUUUUCUUUUUCUUCCCUCCUCCCCUAUUUGGCAUCAUUAUGGAUCUACGGACUGCAAGAAUUAUGUUGGUGUGUUCAUUUUUUUUUUCUUGAACCAUGGACAAGAAUGCUGAGAAUUUUCUCAGCUCAGAACAGUGAUGACCCCAAUAGGGACCAGCACACAAGGCCACAGACGCUCCUUCACUUUUUCUUCCCUUCCUCUUUUUCCUAUAAUGUCCCUCCAUCCACUGCCCCCCCUGGGCUUUCUCCCAUUUAAAAGAAA